CUCUCACUGUCAACAACGUCCCAUCCUGAAGACACACGCAGGGCCACACCACCCUGAACGCGCCCGAUCUCGUCUGAAGACACACGCACCCCAACUGAGAGUGGGAGUCAGUUUGAGGUCUAGCUUCAUUGACACUUCCUCCAAAGGCACAAAAGCCAGAAAAGAGAAAUGAAGACAGGACAUUUUGAAAUGGUCACCAUGCUGCUGGCAGCCAUGAUUCUAAUGGACAUCUUCCAGGUGAAGGCUGAAGUGUUAGACAUGGCAGACAAUGCAUUUGAUGAUGAGUACCUGAAAUGUACUGACAGGAUGGAAAUCAAACAUGUCCCUCAACUGCUCAAGGAGGAAAAAGUGAGCCACCAACUCUUAAACACUGUGUGGGAAAAUGCAAAAGCCAAAUGGGAAGCCCGAAAGACACAGCUUGUUCUCCCUAUGAAUUUUAAGGAUAACCAUGGGAUCGCCCUGAAGGCAUAUAUUUCUGAAGCCCAGGAGCAAACUCCCUUCUACCGUCAGUUCAAUGAAGCUGUGAAGAUGGCUGGCCGGUCUCGAAAAGAUUAUAUCUAUGGCUUCCAGUUCAAAGCUUUUCAUUUUUACCUAACAAGAGCCCUGCAGUUUCUGAGAAGACCUUGUGAUGACAGUUAUAAAAAUGUGGUGUACAGAACAAGCCAGAACACCUCAUUUACCUUUGGAGGGCUAAACCAGGCCAGGUUUGGCCAUUUCGCCUUGGCAUAUUCAGCCAAACCUCAAGCUACUAAUGAUCAGCUCGUUGUGUUAUCUAUCUAUACGUGCUUUGGAGUUGCCGUUGAAAAAUUUUUUGAUGAAGAAAGUGAAAGAAUUACUUUAAUACCUCUGAGUGAGGUUUUUCAAGUGUCACGGGAAGGGGCUGGCAAUAACCUUAUCCUUCGAAGCAUAAACAAGACCUGCAGCCAUUACCAGUGUGCAUUUCUGGGUGGGCUGAAAACCGAAAACUGUGUUGAGAACCUAGAGUAUUUUCAGCCCAUCUAUGUCUACAAUGCUGGUGAGAAAACCCAGAAGAUUGAAGACACUGGGGAAAAAAGCCAGGAGCUCACUGUCUUACCCGGUAUGAAAAUCUUUGAACCCACCCAAAUACCUGGAAUGAAAGUUCCAGAACCUUUUCCACUACCUGAAGACAAAGCUCAAGAAAAUAUCAACAAUCCUAGUCCAGUUCCUGUUCCAGGUCCCAAAUCUCAUCCUUCUGCAUCCUCUGGCAAAAUGCUCCUUCCACCGUUUGGGACAUUCGUCAUUUUAAUCAGUGCUUCUGCUAUAAAUCUUUGUUCUUCUGUAGUUUGAUACAUUCAUUUUCUUUCUUAUUCUUUACUUGAAAUACAUUAUAGGCAUCCCACAGGAGAUCAGAAGGAAUGAUGUAUUUUUCACUUGUUGGCCAAAGUCACUUGACAAAAUGAGAACUGUAUUAUUUAUUCAUUUUGUAAAUUCAGAAAGUUGGUCCAGAUAUAAUGUCACAGAAUUAACUUUUCACUUGUUUCUAUACUAAUCUUAUAAUUGAAAAAAAAACUCAAACUGUAUACUUCUGAUUAAAUUCAAUAAAAGACUUUAUUAGAUAUAA